ACUUCGGACGCAUACUCAAGCUGCUUAGACCGGGUCGAGGCACCACAGUCUUUCAAUGCAUCACAAUGCCUGAGUCCAUAUUUGAGACAUGCUCAAGGGAGGAGACUCCUUCCGGAAAUAUAUCGUCCCUCGUGGUCACCUAACGACUGCCAACAACUGGACGAGUUCGAUCAAGAAAGGUAG